AUGGACGGACUAACAGGAUAUGGAUCGGAUUCGUCCUCUUCGAUUGGCUCCAUGCCAAAGUCUGCAGCUGCUUCCCAUACAGCCAACACUAGCCAAUCGCAGCCCUCUGCUCAGCCGACGAAAAGAAGACGUCGAUGGGAUGCGAAUGAUUCCAAAAAGAGCACAAGUUCCUUGCCAGCACCUCGCCUUUUCCCAUCAUCCAUGCUAUGGGACGUCGAUUAUCUCUCUUCCGUUGAUACCACAACUCCACAUGCACAAGAUAUAGACGAUUCCGCCAGGACCUUCUUGGAAGAACGGCUGAAAACACUCGACAAAGGCACUGAGUGUGAUUCUGGGGUGGCUGCCAAGCUAAAGCAGAGUCAUGAUUUUCACAACCCACGGUUCCUGGACAAUGCAGCCGAUCAAAUUGGAAUCGUCGACAUGCUCGGAAGCAACCUGCCCGAACAAGAGGUAUUCGAGGACUAUGAAUACAAGAUCAUUGAGCUGGAAGGCCAAGCACGGGCCAGAAUGCACGAACAAGUAGACCAAGAGCAGCAGGCUCAGGCACGAUCAAUGUUGCAAUAA